AUGGGAGGCGACGGAACCUCAGAUGAGGUCCGUCCCAAAUGGGUUGAUAUCCAACUUCACACCUUCAAAAAUUGGAUCAAUGAGCAGGUUCGUUCUCUUCGAUUUUUAAAUCUUGCUCAUAACAUUCAAAAAGUUUUUUCCUUUAUUUAAACGGCUUAUUUUGCCCAUAGCAAGCCGUUUUUGAACGAAUUUGGCUCCUCUCUCCUUUUUUUUCGGGUCUGAUUGCUCUUUUAUGAAAAUUCCAAGCUUCACCAACAGAAAUAGAAUGUUUUUUAUUCUGAGUUACUUUUCCGACCUUAUAAAAUUAAUCCAUCACAAGCUUUCUUCAUUUCAAUCACUUUUAACUAGAGAAUGAAGCACGGCAAAAUUUUGAUAUUAAAAAAAAGACGAGAUUUAGAAUGCCCCCGCAAGACUUUUAUAUCAAUUUCGAUAUGAAUGAACUAUAUAUUUUCCUUGAUCCUGAUCUUUGUGUUGACGCUACAGAUAACCAGCUUGAAAAAUGAAUCAUUACACAAAUUCGGAAAGACUGACUAGUGCGCGCGAGUUGCGGAAUUUUAUUGUUUUUGGAGGGAUUAUUAGGAAGCAUAUUUGUGGAAAGCUCAUAGGGCAGUGUUUGCGGUAGAGAGCGUGUUUGCCAACCCACCGACGCGAGCCUCUCGGAGGCCUCCCUUACCUGUCGAAAAGCCGUCCGAACCGAUUGACUGCGGCCGACCGUUCCGUCGGCACAAAAGCGCGACAGUUGCAGAGCACUUGCCAUUGGACCUCUUGUAGCUUUUAAAGGGGUCAAAAAGGUUUUCGGAUCAAAGAGAGCCGAAAAGCGAUAGAUUCAAGGUUGUGGAAGGUGUAAUUGUUUUGCCUUUUUCUUAGGAUCAGAUCAUCAAACUUUCGAGAAAUUAAAGCAAUUUUAAGUUAAUGAAAGCCGAAAAACGAGAUAAUGAAGGUUAUAUUUUGUUUUUUUUUUUGCUGUUGCGAAUUUCUUGUAAGUUGGCCCAGAGUUCCUUGAUAUGACGAAUGAAGUUUCUGAAAGUCUCGAACUGCACAACUUCAUAAUUUUUGAGAAACGACACCUUCAAAGAAAACACUGAAAAUCCGUAAAAAUGGGCUAUUUUCGGACUUUAGACAUUAUUUCUCAUAAAAAAAUUGGAUUUUGCGAGUUGACAAGUUCUAGCGAAUCAAAAAAUAUUCUGGCUAAAUUUCAGGAAAUUCCGCGAAUAAAGAGAGUCAGAUGAAAGCCAAAUGGUGUUAAAAACAAGUUUUUUUUUUCAUUUCACAAGCAAACAUUUUUUAAUGUCCUCAAAAAUCUGAAAUAUCGAGUGAAUGCGAAAAAAGAACCGAUAAUUCAAGUCACUGAAAGCUUUUUCCAGCUUCAACUAAAUGCGAUCGGAGAUUUGACAAGAGACCUUUCCGAUGGGGUCAAUCUGAUUCGACUGGUUGAAAUUCUUCAGGGACGAAAAUAUUAUGGAAAGGUACUGAAAGAUGUCAUCUAUCUUUUCUGAUGAUAUUCUACAGAUUUACGACCAAAAUCCCACAGAAAUCCAAAAAUUGAUGAACGUCCAAAUGGCCCUUGAUGCCUUGAGAGAAGACAGAGUCAAAACCGUCAAUAUUGGUGAGUAUUUUUUUUUUGUUUUAUUAUAAUCUCUCGAAAUUUCCAGGAAGUCACGACAUUGUAGAUGGUAAUGAAAAGCUGGUACUUGGGCUCAUGUGGUGCCUCGUCCAACGGUACCAAAUCGCCUGUAAAACUAAAAUCCCUCCCAAAAAGCUUGUGAUGGCUUGGAUCCAGGUAUAGAAUUUGGGACGUUUUUUUUGGAAACUAAGCAGGAAACUUUCAGUCAGUCUUACCGGAGCUGAAGCUGACAAAUUUUCGCACAAAUUGGAACGAUGGAAAGGCUUUGAGUGCGCUUUUGGAGUACUGCCAGCCAGGAUUGUGUCCUGAAUGGAAACGUCUUGAUCACACGAAGAGGUGAGAAAACUAAACUGUAUUUAUAAUCCCUGUUUUGUGAGAAAGAGUAAAAAAAAAGAAAAAGCUAUUAAAAAUUAGCCUCGAGGUUGGAAUUCCAAGCGUUUUUUUUAAAUCCGCCCGACUCAAAACGACUUGCGCAUGUGGGCAGGAGAAUGUUAAGUUUAUAGGUUUGAAGUGGAUAGCCGUACAAGAAAAGUUAUUCAGCCACUUCCCAGCAACCAAAAAAGUUCUUUUUCAUGCUAACUUUUCUGAAUAUUUGCUGGUUCCGGCAGCCAAAUGAAAGUUCCGAAGGGAUUAAAUUCAUUUUUGGAGCUCACCGAGAUAAAAUUCAAAUUUAUUGGUACCACUAAUUUUCAUCUGCUUGUCAUUUCUAAUAACUCAAUCUUCCCCAUUACAGCCUGGAAAACUGCGAGAGGGCUCUUCUACUGGCCGAGCGUUACCUAGACAUCCCGCGGAUCAUUUCGGCGGCUCACUUGUCGUCGCCCCACUUGGACGAAUUGUCCUGCCUCACUUACUUGUCCUAUUUCAUUACGAAAGGAGCUCCUGGCUAUCGAGCCACUCUUCAAAGAGUUCAAUUGGUAUUUUUGAUAGAUUUAUUAGUUUUUGAUUGGAUUUUACUUUUAGUUGGUUCCUGACUGCACUGUGGACGAUUUUGAACAUUCAUGGAGUGACGGCUACUUGCUGGCCUUGUUGGUCGAUGCCUGUGGCGGCAAUAUUCCAGAAAUGGAUCAGAUGCAUUUCGAGACCUUCCAGGACUUUGUGGAGAAUGUUUCUCUUUGUAAGUGGCCUUUUUUUGCAUUUUUAAUCUGUGAAAAGUUUUCUUAGAUAUAAAAGUGCCUAAGCUGUUUUUAGCCUUGCGACUGAUAUAUUUCCAAAGCGUGCUAUGUAUAAAAAUGGCUCAAAUACCUCACAAAAAAAAACAUUAUUUUUCAACCUUUUCCAGGCAUCGAAGCCGCUGCCGACAUCGGCGUCGGCUCGCUUGUCGGCGCAGAAGACAUUGCCGAUCCUCAAGGAGAACAUUUGGGUAACCUUCAUUUAAUGCUCACAUUUUGAUCAAAAACGUUGCAGGAACCAUGGCUUUUGUGGCCGCGUUGUGUUCAACAACUCCACAGCCUGAUUUUAAAUCAACUCAGUGUUUCAUUCAUCAGCAGGUUGGCCGAAUAUUAUCUAUAGUCCAGAUAUUAAUAGCAAAGCUCGAAAUAAAACUUAUAAGAGCCAGAAAAAUCUUUUCCAAGUUUUUUUUAGGUGUCCGCUUGUAAAUUUUUUGCGCAGUUUAUGGUUUUUGGAAAGAAAGAUUUCAGGUCAACCUCGAUUUGGCCUUCUCUGAUGGAAAUGAAGUCCGAGUUGACGAAUUGGAUGUUCGAGGUAAGUUUUCGAAAGUUUAUUCAUUGUUUGACGUCUUCACCUUAUCAACAGAAUAUUGUGCUAAAUAAUUUUUCCGAUCUUUUCUUUUUCUGCUCUUGAGCGUUUUAGAAGCUUUACCACGAACAUUUUCCCAAGCCUUUUUUAGCUCCCUCAUUUCUGAUAUAGUCGUCUUUUUAGUGCUCUUGAACCCUUUUUUAUCACUAUUCUCAUAAAUUCCAGUAAUCGGUCCAACCGGGCGUGUCCACUCUCACGACACCCUUCGUCUCCAUAAAAGUCGGACGGUUCAGGGCGCGGUUCUGUCGUUGAUCCCUGCAGAACAGGGAUACCACCAGGUGAGAGUCAUUUCUCAAAGUAAUUUAUUCGAUUGCUACUUCACCUUGAAAACGGGAAAGUAUAAGAAAUUGAAAACUGGUUUGAGGGGUGGAUUGGGAGAUAAAUGAUCUCAAGGACUGGAGUAUUGAGCUACUCGAAAGCUUUCGAAGAUCUUUCUCUGCGGAGAUCAUUGAUUUAUUGAAAUUUAGGAGUUUUUUUUAACAAGUUUGUUUCAUUCAUCACUAUUUUCAGCCUCCAAUGAGCGUUUGGAUAGGAUUUUGAAACAGUAAUAUCAUUCUGGAGCAGCUUUUAAUUUUACAUUUUUUUAGUUAUUCUAAAUUACCGGUCUGCUUGUAGAAACGGAACCAUUUUUUUGUCCUUUUUGGCCGUUUUUUUUUCUAAGAAAAGGUAUUUUUUUCAACAACGAUUUUCAAGAGCUUUUAGAAGAAUUUUUUUUUGCGAAAAUUCAAUUUUAUCUUAUUAUUAGCCUCCUUCGAUUAUUUUCACUCCAAUAUGGUCUUCCAGCUGCAAAAUCCAAGUUUUUUUUCUCUCUUCCAGAGUAAUUUUUUUACCUUUUUUGUGAAAUCUAGAGAUUUCUUACAAAAACUUUGAACGGUUGAAGAAAGCGAACGUUGUUGACUUCGCCUGUUGCGGUGCAUGUGCCGUCGUAACCUUGACUCGGCCAUUUCGCUUGUUUCCUUUUAUUUAUUCCGUCGUCUUGUCCGUUUCAGUCGCUUUUUUAGUCUUUUUUGGCGGGUCUCAGUUUAAUUAGAGCCUCUGUCCAAUAUCAAAAAUCAAUUUUUUCGUUUCAUUGUUCAGUGGAAGGCUUUAGACUUGAAACUGUUCAGGGAAUAUUUUUGUGAGAUUCCGAGUUUUCAAAAUUUCUACUAUUUUCCACCCGAACAGUUUGAUUUUUUGAAUUUCCUGACAAUGUCUGAAUAAUUAUCAGUUUUCUUUUGAAAAGUUCUUCGAUUCUCAAGAAAUUUGUGAUUAGUUUAUUCUAUUUCGGUCCAAAAUUUUCGGGUCUUUUUCCUAUAUUUUUCAAAAGUUUAAGCAUCAAAGUUUCCUUUUUUUAUUUUUUAGCUUAACUUGAACAUUUCCAUUUCCAUCUUGUCUAACCAUAGACCAUCGUGAUUCGUUAAAUUGUUCCCUUCUCGAAUCAAUACCAGUUUGUUGAAAUGAAAUGACCCCUAGAAGAUGCGCAGCAGCGAUAGUACGCCUGCAAGGCUUCCCUGAGAAUAUUUAUGAGUUUUUCCUUCUUUUUUUUUCCUCUCCCUUUGGGUACUGAAACAUUUCAAGUAUUUGAUCAGAAUCUUUUUUGCAUUGAUCAUCUUACGCCCAAAAAAAAGAUCCAUUUUUGAAUAGGAAAAGUUUGAGACGCGCCCGACCUAAAAUGACUUGCGCGAGCUGUUAUCAGGCAGUUGUAGAGAAAAUAUUGAGCCGUGAAAUUUUCAGCCAUUCCUUGUGCGACCUAAAUACUCGAAAUCAACUAGAAUAAUGUAGUGAUUCAUACACUAUUUUGCUGUUUCGAAGGUAAGAGUAAGACGCGCCCGACUUGUAGCGACUUGCGCAGGGUGCUAUCGUAAAGCAAACAAGACAGCGAAGCUUUGAACCUUUCUGAAUGCGACCAGGAUCUUUGAUAUGUCCGCGAAUGAAACAGAAAAUCAAGGUUUUUUCCAGUUCGAAGCACUUUCCCAUACUCAAAAACCUUCAGUAGCCCGCCGUACUAUUCUAUAAGAAAAGCCAUAGAAUGCCGAUUUGUCAUGCUGGGACAGUUUAGAAAGCGACAAAUAACGGUUGUGGGAAGGCGUCCGGCCGGAUCGUACCUUUUUUGUUCCGUCUCGGUCGCGCUAUUGUUGCGUAAAGAGUAUGUGAAGAUGUUUUUCGAAUCACUUUUUUCUUUUUUUCAAAAAGUUUUUUUUAGCAAAAUCCAUUAGAAAGUACAAUUUCGAAAGGCUCAGAAGUAUUUUUACCGAUUGAACUUUAAUGACUUUGUCCUUAUACAAAAGGGGCGGGAUGUCGUAGCUUCCAGGGUGAAAAUUUGCCGUAAAUUAAUCUUAUGUACUUCAUUAAAAUUCGGCCGCGUUUAGAAUGGCUGUUCAAGUGAAAAAAAAGACCGGAGUUCCAAAAAUUCUCAAAAAAUGCCACUUUUUAUGGUCUUUUUUUCCAAAGAUUAAACUACAAAGAACUCGAGAGAGUUGUCCGGCGGAACGAGUAGUUGAGUCGGCGGGGUGUGCAAAUCGAGGGGAUUUCGCAUCCGGCAGAACAGGCCUGUAUUCCUGGAUCGCCUUGACCUUUGGGCGAGUGCGCGUUCUGAUCCGCGGCCCGUAUCGUGUGGAAUUUUGUCGUCGGGCCGUGAUUGCGGCUAUCGCAUGUCGUAGUGGCUAAUCACUUUUACACUGUAUGACCACUUUAUCAAGGUUUUUCGGUUCGGUUUCCUGUUUUUCUCCGUCUUUUUGAUUCUCACAUCACUCUGAAGUUUCGUGUGGCAUUGAAACAUUUUGGACACUUUAUCCUUGCUUCCCAUUUUUUAAAUCUGAUCAUUAUGAAAUUAUUCCUGUCAUCAAAAGAUUUAUAACUAUAUUUUUUCGAGUUUUUCAAGAUAUCUGAGAGCUGUCUUUAGUCUGAUUAGAGCAGAUUGAAGAUUGAUAAGCUUGCAUUUCGAAUCCAGUUUCUUUUGAAAGAGUUUCUGAGAUUUUCGUUGUUUUUCAAAUUUUCCAAGUAUGAGCAUAUAAAAAAAAAAAUUCAGCCUGGACUUGCCAAAAAAUCUCUGAAGCUCUAGUCUCAUAUUUUUUUUAUUUUUUCAUGCUUUUCACCAACUUUUUGAGGAUUUUCGGUUUCUCUUUAUUGUCAAUAUUAAUCCUUUAAAAGUCGAAAAAAAUCUGCAAUAUUUCAGAAGUUUUUUUGGAAUGGAAACUUCCGUUUAGCCCAUAAAUCUUGAAUGUUCAAAAAAACUGAAAUAUCAACUCUUUCAAGUUUUUUUCCCUAAUCUUUUUCUAUUUGUAUUUUCCUCAUGUCACUUAAAUCAAUAUUCGAAACUUUUUUUAUGACAAAUUUUCACUUAUUUUUUUAUAAUCAACGUAAAACUCGAUUUUCCCAUCAAAAAUAGCUCCCUGUAACCUUGCCAUUCGUCUAACUAAAAGGAAUGCGAUUGAAAUGUAUUUUAUUAUUUUUUUCUUUUCUUCUUCUUUCUGACUUGCAUUUUUGUGGUCACACGCACUACGAGUAAAAACAACUCGAUACUAGCGACCCCAGGUCUUCAGAACCUGUUUUUUACGUACAUACAUGGGCAAGCACAAGGUGUUUGAGCGGAAAUGUUAUUAGUUUCCUUGCCUCGAAAAACCAGCAACUCAUUUCGUGUUUGAGUUUUGUUGUAUUUAUUUUAUGGCUUUUUGAAUUGUUAUUAUUAUUGGUGUUUAGUUGCAUUUCUAUUAACACUUUACUAUUUUUUUGGAGUCUCUUUUCAAAAAACUCCUUUUUAACUUCAAUUUUUUUGCAAUUUCCUUCCGAACUUUUUUUAGUUCUAUGAACUUGCAACAUUAUAUUCAAUGAAACCUGUUGCUUGAAUUGAAAAAAACUCAUCAUUUGUUGUUGAAUUCUAUUUAUUAUUUAUUUUGAAUGAAGCGUUGUGAAAACUUUGAAUUCAUUCAAAAGGACGCUCCUGCGUAUUUUUUUAACCUUCUAGGAAAGCUAUGAGAGUAUAUUUUUUUAUAGAAUAAGAUUAUUUUCAAAUUCCACAGCAAGCUGUUCCAAUAAGGACGAAGAAAGCCCCAUUUUUUCAAUUUUCAAGAGUUUCAAGAAGCCUCAACCUGCACGACUUCUCAGUUUUUGAUAAAAGAGCCCUCAAAGUCAUAGCAAAGCCUCAAAUGUCGUGAAAAAAGGUCAUUUUGAGGCUUUGAGACCUUAUUCCUUGGAAGUUAUACAGGUUCAGACUUUGAGCAUUUUUUUUUCUGGUACAUCAAGGAGUUUUCUGACUGAUUUUCAGGAAAUUUCCAAAUUCACAGUGAAAAGACUUUCAUUGUGAGACUUGCCAAGCGCCUUCCGAAAUUUGUGUCAAAUCUCAUUAUAGUACUAUCCAAAUUUCUAAUCAAAGGCCAACGAAAUCACCUAUUGCGACUGUUUUCCAUUCCCACUUUACUUCUGAACUGAGCUAUUUGGCAGCGAUCACAACAAUCAGAAGAUAAAUUAGCUGUUAUCGAAUCGGAAAGAGAAGAAGAAGAACCCAGCCAACAACUUCUCCGAUCACAUCAACGAAGAUAACGACGGACACUUAUAUCAGAAGUUGUCGUAGAUUAUUGACACAUUGCGCGACUACCGGAGGGGCGCGUCUUCUCGGAAAUAUUUCCACCGCCAAAACUGAAACGUAUCGUUAGACGGCAACUUGACCGAUAAUCAGGGCGAACGAGGUCGCUUGUCUGAAUGUGGAAGGAAUUCAAAACAGUUGGAGUUAUUUUUUCGGAAAAACACGGCAGAUGGCGCCAUGUGAGUGCCAUUAUUCGGCCACAUAACUUGAGGAAUGGAAAUGAAAAAACAAGUCCAUAAUGGUCUUUUGAUAGAAUUUCUGUUCGUUUUCUAGUAUUUGGGGAGGUGAUGAGUUGAUUUUUAGCUUGUUAGGAUAUUUCUUGUUAUUUUUUUCUAAUAAUGUGGCCUUUUGAUUCAUUUCUGCCUUCAUUUAUUCAGUAUAUUUCUCAAAAAAAUUCCUUCAGUUCGAAGUCAAUAAACUUUUUUUGGUUAUUCCUCGAAUCUUUCUCCAUUGUUCCAUACAGUUUGUGAGAUGCAAAAAAGAGUUCAUUUCUUUUUUUUGAAUUUCGAUUUUUAAGAUUUUUCUUUCAGCGCAGUCUUGGCUCUCAAAUAAUUCACCUUUGCCAUAUAUAAGAGUUUUGAAGCGAAAUGAUCUGCAAUUUUCAACUUUUAUGAUUAGUUAGUAUCUAGGCCUUCCCUGGAAGCAUCCAGAUCCCGAAAGAAGCAUCGAAUUUUUUUUAGCAUGUGCUUAUAAAUUCCAUAUUUCUCUCGAAUAAUUUGAGAAAUAAAUAAAACAAGUCCAUAAUAGCCGAUCAGCCCAAAUUUUGUUUGCCUCUCUCAUAUUUGUUGAGAAAGUGAGUUGGUUCUAGCUUUUUGUGGUUGGGAAAAAUUUUCUGAAGGUUUUUGGCACGUGGUGCCAGUAUUUCCCUUUUAGAGGAGAAUUUUGUUAUUUUAUCCUUAAACUCUGAGACUUCAAAGCUCAGAUCUACUCAGGUAUUUUUCAAAGAACGAUUUAUCUCGCUUUCAGAAAAUAGUUAUAAUGCGGUUCGAUAUGUUGAAUGAAGGUCUUGGAAGCUUCAACUUGCUUGAAAAUCAACUUUUCUUCUCAAGAAGACGAUUUCUUGUAUAGCACCUGAGUGACCUUCAAGACGUUUUUUUUUAGAAAUAAAAAAAUUUUUUUUGGUGCUUUCAAGGCUCUCACCUAGUUAAAUCCCAACCGUCCUAACCUAUAAAUUCUUAUUUUUGGCUUGUUCUAAGAGAAAACACUUCACAGGAAUUUCUUCUCAAAACUCCCAGGGCUUCAUAGGGAGGCGAAACCUACUAAACCACAUAUUUUCUUUUUCAUCAUUAUUGAGAAUGAUUAUUCAGCUUUGUUUCAAUUGUAGGACUCAUUCCAACUUCUUUUAGCGCUUGGAACUUUGUUUUUCUGACCUCACUGAGAUUCCUUCAAAAUUCAUAAUUUGUAGCAUAUCGGUUUCAAUCUUUCAAAAUUAUCUGUACUUGCUUUCCUGAUUAUAUACAGAGCUAUAUCUUAUCUGCUGAGCACUGUUGAAGCCCUAAAAAUUCCUCUCAAGUUUAUUAAAUUUUUUUCAAAAUUUUAAAAUACAUUUUUUUUCAGGAUUUUUGAUCUCUUUUCGUUUUUAGUUACACUUCAAACCAUUUCCAACACUGAUUUUUUUUUAGGUGCGCAUUUUUUGCCAAGGAUCGGAGCUACCAUCCAGCCCGAUCUCAUUGCACGUUCUUACCCAAGAAGAGUCGCGAGCCGCGUCUCGUGCGACGUCGCGAGCUUUUGCGGAGAAUCGCAUCGUCGCCCAACCUCCGUCGCCCCCAAAAUCGGUUCAACGUACUGAAUCUGGUUCUGAGGUGAGAGAUUGGAAUUUGAACAAAAAAUGGAGGAAAGGGCAAAAGAUGCUGAAAAUGGAAUAAAAAUGAAAAUAUAUCAGUUAUUUUGAGUUUGCGCCCCUGAAUGUUUACUAGAUAGAAAAAAACACUAAAAAAAUUAAUUUUUCUGAAAAAAACAAGUGGGAAAAACUUUGAAAGAUAUGGAGGAGAAUUUGGAAAAUUUGAUAUCUUUUUUUAAAUACCAGUUUCAAAUUUUUUUAAGAAAAAAAUUGGUAAAUUAGGUACGCAUAAGUAAAUCAUUCCAUUAAAAAAAUUCAAAAAAAGUUGUACAAAAAUUGAAAAAAAGUAGAUCAUAAACUUGGUUAAAUUUUUUUAUAUUUCAUUAUUUUCUGAAAGAAUGAGUCACUUAUUUCUAUUUUUCAGGUCGAUAUUUCACAUCAGCCUUUCGCUCAACGACGGUUACACAUUAUAAAGCAACUCGAAGCGCAAACUUUGAGCCAAGUUCAGGUAAUUUUUUUUCAAUUUUGUAUUUCUCUCAGUAAUUAAAAAAAUGGAAUCUCAAUUGUUUUAGGAAGAAUUUAUUAGUGGUAAACAGGAAACAGGAAAACUUUCCUAGGAAUUUCCUACCUUAUUCAAUAAACCUUGAUGAGAUUUAUAAAGGAACAUGAAUAAACUUUAAAAAAACUACAUUUUCCAAAAAAAGGAUCUACCUUUCUCACCUGGAAAUAUGAUUGAAGUUACGAUUUAAUUUUUCUUGCGAACGAUGACAAAAACGGCAAAAAAGACAACAACACUAAUAGAAAAAUCAGAGAAAAAUCGAGAAAAAAGUGAGAAAAAUGCCAAGAAACAAUAGGGAAAGCGGACCGUCAUCAAUCACAAUUUGGCACGAAGUUUUUGCAGGCGAAAAAAGAGCAAUCUUCCUUUACUUCUUCUCCUUCGACCGUCCCACAGCAAACCACAGGCAACAAUACGCGUGAUUGGAAUUCCCAGGAAAAACUUUCCCAGGUUGGUGGAAGAAACCUUUUUUUUAUAAUUUUUCCUUCCUUGGCUGUUCGAUUUGGUGUCAGGCGACGCCUUUACUGUAACAAGUCCUUUCUUGACUAUGAUCCUUGAUGUUCAGAUUUUUCUUUGAGAAAAUAUUUUUCUAUGGAGAAUAAUAUAAUUUGAAGUUGUAAUUUGCAGAUUUUAAAUGUGAUUUUUGUGUCGAGGAAGAAAAAAAUCACGCCUUUUCUUUAAAGUCGCUCACAAAUUUUUAACUCCAGGUCUAUUUUUCGAUGAUUCUUUUACAUUUAUCUGUUUCAAUAGGUCUUCAAAACCUGGAAAUUUUCUAAGGCAAUUCAAAAAAGAAUACGGAUUGAGUUUCACGGAAGCUUAUGAUCUCGAUAGAAAUAUAAGUUGGGAUGAUUAAAAAAUCAAUAGACUUCAGAAAGUCUUUUUUACAAAUUUUCAUCAAAUUCUCAAACGACCAUCAAAAAAUAUCUGCUCUGAAGAAAAUAAUUGCCAGAAAAGCCCCUACGGCGGAAACAUCCCGCCGCCGCCACCAGCCCCAGAACUUGUGCACCACGUUUCGGUCCUCGAAGCUUCUGCCCAUCGAGAAAUGCCCCUUUCUCGGACUUCAGACGUCGGCCUCGUCUCGUUUUCAGGCCUCAGUGAACCUUGCUCCGUUGGGUCGAUUGUUGAAGUCGUGGUGAGUAGAUUAUAGUUCAUUCUUCCUUCAUUUAAUAAAAAAAAGAAAUGUUAAAGAGAUUUUUGGUCUUAUAAGUCACUGGGAGAGUAUCAGAAAAUUUUGAUAUUUCGUUUUUCAGAUCAACGCCCAUGGAGAUGUCGUCAAUGGAGCAGUUUACGUUGAGUCGAUGUCUCCCUCAGGUCGAGCUCAUCCCUGUACUGUCAAUCAACACGGACAGUCUUAUAUGGCUACUUUCACCCCAAUGGAAGUCGGUUAGCGUUUUUUUCAUUGUUCGAAAAAUCGAAACUUCUAUGGCUCACUUACCCUACUUUUUUCUACAUUGAUCCUUCAUUCUUUUCAAAAAUGAUAGUUUGUGCAGGUCAAAAUGUUCUCAGCUUCAUUUCGGUCUAUCAAAGAAUGUUCUGGCUAAGAAAACUCCGAAUUACUUGAAAUAUGUUUCUUGUUGGAAAUAAUCUCACUUGUGCCAAUUUUCGAAGAACAUUUUUUUUGUACUUCACCGAGAAAUUGGAAGAUCAACGUUUCUAAAAAAACUAUUCAACAUUCUAAAACCAGUCGGUUCUCCGGCUGUCCAAAAAUAAGGUGCCGAUGAACCCGAAGCGAGGCAACAGAUCGAGAUAUGGGAUGAGUUAGGCCUAGGCCAGUAGUGUGUGGAAGGAUCAAACACAGAUAGGCAUCUGAUGUGUCGCGCCGGCCGUCCGGCCACAGAAAGACACUCCGGCGACCUUUACCUCGGACUCCCCUGCCUAACCUAUAUGUCGCCGUUCCAAUCAUAUAGCCUAUUGCAUAUCUUUUUCGGUUUCACUGAUUUUAUGUAUCUCAUCCAUUUUCAUUUAAAUUGAAAUAUUUUUUUGAUUCACAAUAUAUUUUUUAUUUUUUUCAUAUUUUUUUAUCAUUCAUAGUCUUCUGAUUGAGGAAGAUCAAAAAAUACACUCCCAAAAGUUUUAUCUUCAUUUUUCAGGCCUUUGGCGCAUCGGAAUCCUCUACGAGGGAGAGCACAUUCGAGGGAGUCCAUUUGCUUGUCAGGUAAUUUUUACUGAUUUUUUGAUUAUUAUUAUUGAUUUUGUGAUUCAAGGUGUUCGAUUCAAACCUGGUGAACGUUUACGGACUCGACGUCGGGCUCGUUGGCCAAGAGCUUCGGUUCACGGUUAACGCCAGCCAAGGAGGCCACGGAGAUCUUAAGGUGAAUAUUUUAUCGAAUAUUUUUGCUUAAAUUUUUUUUCUUAAAAAAUUUCACUUUUUGUAAGUUCAUGUAUCUAGGUGCAAUUUUUAUUUAGGCCAUUUUUACUUUUUUCAAGAAUUUUUCUCCAAGGUAGCGGUGAAUGGACUAUUAAUGAAUCAUGAGAUAAUCGGAUUCUUAAUGCUCAUAUCAGUACCUUUAUAGUCGACAAAAACACUAAACUUAUCUUUUUUUCAAAGUCUCUCCUAAAAUAUCUCCCACUCCCCAUAACGGAAGUUGCAUCAGGUCGACAUUUUUCUGUUUUCUCGCCGGUAUUGAUUAGGUAAUUUGGGCGGUUGUUUGGAGUGAUAGUGGUCGGCGUUGCGGCAGAUCUUCCAAACCUGUCGGUUGUUAGGUUUCGCUUCUUUUUUUUCUGAAGCGCAUCUUUCUCGCUUUGCCAUUUUUUCACUACGUCUUUUCCUACUGUUCGCUUGUUUUGUUUAUGGCCCGGUAUCAUUCAGCCAAGUGGCGUUAAAGACCUCCUGUAUCAUUUGGCCGGUUCUCUUCCUUUUCUGAGCUGUUCGCGAGUUUCAGGUCUCGGUUUUGCGGCACGGCCGCGAGAUCCAAUCGACAGUCGAGGAGCAGGGAAAUUCUGGCGUUUACCGAGUGACUUUCGUUCCUGACGGAGCUGGCCAGUACAAGAUCCACGUGCUCUUCAACAAAAUGGAAAUCAAAGGUUCAGAGUUAUUCAAGAAAAGUUGAAAACCUGGCAGUCGAAGAAAUUUUUUAGAGGAUAAGCUCUUCAUUUUAAAGGCUCAAAAGCUUGAAAAAAACUGAUUGCCGAAUUUCUCCGUUUUAGUUCAAAAGGCGCAAAAAAGCGCUAUUUUCGAAGAAAGUUCCAGAAAACUGAGGAUUUUUUUAUUCAUUUGAAAAAUUUAUCAUUUCCAGGAUCCCCGUUCAUUCUCGACAUAGCAGAUGCUUCUUCUGUGUCCGUUUAUGGAGAGAAUCUCAGAACGGCUUCAGUUGGUCGCCUUGCCAGCUUCAUGGUCCAUGCCGUCGGCGCAGACGUCAAAGAUAUUGGAGCUCACAUCACGGGUCCGUUUCCAACCUGCGUGGUGAAGAAUGUUAUGGUCCGUCGCUGAAAAAAUCAAGUGGUCCUAGUAGAAAAAUCGUAAUUUUGCGAGUCAUCCUGAUUCUUGAAACUUUUAACUUAACUGAAAAAGUUAAUUUGUCCUGGUCAAGACUUUUUCUAGAUUUCGAAGAUAUUUUUCCAAAAACUUCCAGUUUUUUGUGGCCUUUUGUGACCUUUUUAUAGACCUCCUCUUUUUUUAUUUAUUUAGAUUUUGACAAAAAGAAGCCUUUUGAAACAUUUUCUCGAUGUUUUAUGUUUCGACGGACCAAACAUCUUCCAAAUGCAGCAACCCUGUAUGUGAAAUAAUAUGUGUGAAGCUUAAAAUUCUACUAACACUCUUGUCUUUGAAAUUGGACUAAAAACUUUUGUUUUUGCAUGUUUUAUUUUCAAUUCCCUUUUUAUUUCGCUUUUUUUGUGUGUCAAAAAGUCCAGAGAGAGAGGGAGAGAGUGUGUUGAAAGAGUAGAUCGAAAUGUCUGUUCGUUGGCCGAGUCAAGAAAAAUCGCUUCCGUCAAUUGUCGGCGUCCGUCUUUUUUGUUUCAGUGUUGGUACGUUGUUUUUCGGUUUUUUUUGUUUAUUAGUUAGUUUUGGAACUAAAUUUGUGUCGUUUUAAAUUUAAAAAAUAGCUCUGGAACUACUAGAGAGAGAAAGGGGAAACUGAAGAGAGACUGGAGAAAAGAAAAUCAGAGACUCUCCAGCUUUCACACGUUCUCUCGCAUUUUUUUCAGUAUUAUUUUUAUUCAAACUGUUCAAAAAAAAAAACAACUAUCAGUCAAUUAAUCAAUUAUGUGCAUAUGGAAUGGCUCAAAAACCGUUGUUCAUGAUUGAAAAUUUGAACUUUUUAGUGAAAAAGAACGUUUUUUUGGGUGCAAGACUAGAGCCAUUCCAAAUGCGACCUAAUCUUUCAAAGUAGCAAACUUACUUUAAUAAUAUUCAUGUUUUAAUGUCAAUCCUCAAUUCAGUUUUUAUUUUGGGUCUAUUUUUAUGUUCAGCUCCUUCUGGGAAAGAAUUUUCGGCGCACGUUUUUGCAUUGGAUGACGUCACUUUCCAAGUUGAAUGGACGCCGAGAGAGCCGGGUAGGAUGUUUUUUGAGUUUUGGAUUUUUUUUCCCUUUUUUAUCACUUCCGAAAAUUCCUUAGAGUGUGAAGGGGCGUGGCGGCGUCACGGCCAAUUGAUAUCAUGAGCGAAUUAGUGGGUCGAUGAAGUUUGGUUCUUUUCUCUUUUGGAUUUUUUUUGUUGUAGUAGCGGAAAAGUUUCAAUAAUUGAAUGAAAAUAAAGAAUCGGAGGGUUAAAAAUCGAUCAAUUUUUUGGAAUGCCUGUGCUCCAGCCAAAAAAAAGAAGUUUCUAGGCUUUUUGGUAAACUUCGGCGCAAGUCGUUUUUGGUCUGACACAGAUUGAAAAAAUCAUUUUUUAACCAUUCCAAGUGCGACAAAUAGCGUUUCGAAGUAAAAUUGAACGGAGUCGAAAUAAUGACGGAAAAGAGGAUGACUCAAUUUAUUUGUUCGAGAAGACCGGUUUUUUUCUGUUUGGGAGUAAUUCAUGAUCGCUGGGAUUUUUUGUUUUUGGAAAUCGGUUUUGAAUUUUUCGUUUGAUUAUCAAUGUAAGAUUUACAUUGGAACUUUUAAAAAAGAAUGAAGGGGUAUGAGCUCGAAAAUGUUCAGGAGAACACGCUGUCGACGUCCUGCUGGCAGAUCAAAGAGUCGUCGACUCGCCAUUCGGUUGCAACGUUGGGGCUCCCGAGUUGGUCCGCGUUCUGAAUAUUCCUCGGCGCAUUCAGCCUUCCGCGCUGAAUGAGGAUCAAUUCUUCGAAAGUUGGUUUUUCUGAGUAGGAGGUGAAAAAUUUGUAAUGUGCAUCUUACAAUAAAAAUACCGGGAAAAUUAUUUUUUUGUGACUAUUUUCAAAACGGGUUUAAUUUUUCAUCGAACUGAGAAGUGAAUCGAAUAAUUUCCAGUCAAAAAUGAACUUAUCUUAGUGUUUUCUGGAUUUUGAUAGACCGUUUUUUUGAAUAUUUAUUUCAAGGAAUUUUAUUUAAUUUCAAUUCUUUGCAUCAUGAAGUACAGAAGAACUGUUAAAUUCAACAAAUCCCAAAAAUAUAAAGCGAAAUACAGCAGAUCAUUUGAAAUACGUCAUUAUUAUCUGAGGUUUGUUCUGUUAAUUUUAUCAUUCUAAUCGAAGAUGUCCCAUUCAUAGCUGGAAAAUGAUCUAAAACACUGAAAAAUGAUCCAAAAGUGAUCUAAACAAACAUUAAAAACAAACCUAUUCUUUGUUAUCCCUUAUCAUUAGCACUAAAAGUACAUCCAACUGAACUAUUUUUUCUUUUUGCACGCUCCGAACACUUUGGAACAAAUAACUCUACAAGUAUUGGGCGGGCCAGGUAAUUCUAGCCAGUUUACCUGUUUCCUUUUUAUUGUCCCCGCUGCCUUUUUCACUUUUCACGAAAAAAAAAACUCGAUGAUUUAUUUUAUUCCUUUUUAACUACUGGAUUCUGUUCUGAAAAUGGUAUAAUGAUUUGAAAAAAACAGAUAUUAUGACUAGCUUCACUUACACUACUGGUUGGUUUUUUUAAAUUGAGAAGAAAAAUUUCAAUUUAUUCACGAUUUUAGAGAUUGGAAGAGAUAGGGUUCAAAAAUAUGAUCCACAUCAAAUCGAUUUUUUUCAUUUCAAGUCGAGAGUUUGUUGUUCAAAAAGUCAAAGAUUUAUAAAAAAAUUUGGAAAGUCGAGAAUUUCUUCAUAAUUUUUUUGAGAAAGAACCUAGGAUACGUAGAAAAAUUCCAAAUAAAGGAACCAUUAUUCCAACUUUGACGACUCUGGUUUUUUCAGGAGCAAUGUUUGUGUAAAAUUUUUUCACUUGUAAUUGAAAGUCCUUUUUGGUUUCCUUUUCGAAUCCUUUAACGAAAAAUGUAUUUCAAUUCCGAGUUACUUGUGGUUCAAGGACCAAAGGUUGAACUUAUCCAACUUGAAUUUGAGCGACCGGUUACCGGCACCACGGCAGUAUUUGCCCUAGUACAAGUGCAUCAUGAUCGCAUCUUGCCAAGAAAUUGUUUGCUGUUUGCCGUUUGCUCCAACACUUUUCUUCCCAUUUCAACUCCAAUUUUUGAUUCUCUUCCUUUUCCAUUCCAUAUUUGCUACUUUUCAGUCGAAAACCUCAAUUCAAGUACCGAAAAUGCCAUAUGUUAGACAUAAAAAAAAAUCGAGCGCCGAAAAGUUUUGUGGAUUUUUCACUCGAAAUGUGUGCUCUUCCGCUGCUCACACUUUUCGAGCCGUCAACAAUCUUUUUUUGUUUUCUUUCCGGACUGUUUGAUAUCCUUGACUUGAAAAACAGAGUAGGUUACUAUUUUGUUGACUUUUUGAUGUCAUCAGUAAAGUCAAGGCGUCGGUAAUACCUAAUGAUAAUCAUUUAAGAGUCAAGACAAAGGCUCGAAAUUGGAAUUUUUCUCUUGUUUUUGUCAGUUUUGAUACCGCGGAUCGAAAAAAAUGUGUAUUUAUGGGCAUUUUUUGUGCAUUCCGAGGCUAUUCAUGAAGGUGUGAAUUUCGCUUUUGACAAAAUUUUUCGAAUGUUGUUCAAGGCGAGCUUCAAAAGUUCCAUGCUUGGAUUUUUGCCCUAUCUUGGAUUUUCGAGAAAUUUUUUUUUUGAUUUUCUAGAUGAAGAUUAUUCCACCUUUACCUCAGAAGAUGUAAUAAUCAACCUUCGAAAAAUUCAGAGUUGCUCGCCGAAAUUAACUCCCCUAUCAGUUCUACCAAUCCUCUACUUUUUCUCUCAUACUCUCAAUUCUAGAUUGAACGUUCGCCUUGAAUUUCAUAGCGACUCUAAUCCACAAACAUUUGACAGAAGUAUUUGCUUCGAGAUGUUUUGUUGGCAUAGUCUGUAGAAUUCCUUCUCUAACGCUUCGAGCGUCUCAAUGCGGCGUUUUGUUAUCAUCUCAGCUGCAUGUUUUUCGGCCUCUUUCAGUAUUUUCUCAGGGUUUUUUUUUCUUGUCAGCUGGGACAACAGUAACUUGUAGUGUUCAACUUGAAAAAAAUGUUGAUUGUUGAGAAAAAGGUGAUUUUUUUGAUCUGAAAUUGUUUUAUUUUUUUCUGAGAAUCUGCCUCAAAGUUCAUUUGGAAGAAGUGAAAAAAUCCCUUUUUAUACUAAUUUCGAAUUUUUGAAUUUUUCCGUUUGCCGAAUGGAUAGAAAAUUAGAAAUUGAAUCAAUUUUUUGUCGAGAAUCAUGAAGAAAAAAAUUUGAAAAUCUUUACCAACUCUAAGCUUUGUCAAAAGCCCCGUAUUCCACUCACCAUAGGCUUAGGACAGGAAACUUCUUUUUUCGAGCUCUAUCCAUAAAAAGACAUUUCCAAUCCAGCGGUAAAUGAACUAUGAAGCUCGAGGCACCAAGAAGGCCAAAAAUAAUAGAUAAAAGGAAAAAUUUUCAGUUGACGCAUCGUCGGCGGGAUCAGGAAACCUGGAGAUCAUGAUCAACGGGGGCCGAGUGCCGUGCAGGGUGCGCGAGCUCGGCAGCCGCCAGUACCAAGCGAUUUUCACUCCGACUCAGGUCCUCACUCUUUUUUUUUUUGCUUCUCUUUUGUUGUGUUUGCUCGCCGAGCACACCCCCAACCAACGUGCAGUACGCGUUCCAUGAAAUAUUGCAACCGGCUGCCUUUCGGUACACUCAUUGUCUCUCUACAAACUCUUCUGCUGAUGUUUUAACUAACUGAACUAUAUUGAUUGAUUAUCGAUUUUUGCGAUGGAGGAAGAAAUUUUCUUUUCCGAGGAGGUGAUAAUAUUUUUCUUUAGUUUACUCAAGCUCAUUUCAACUGAAGUAUCAGUUGAAAAUGUUUUAUUUCAAUUUCUCUACCUUUUUUUCUAUGCGAAAAAAAUUUUUUUCUGGAAAUUUUCAAGCUUCAAUAACAAGGGUCUUGCACAGGCUUUUUGAUAGUACACUCCGUUCAAUAAGGAUAGGAUCCCCCUCGAUUUUGGACUUUCUGGCAAAAUACGGAAAGAUAUCAAAAAAUUUUCGUAGGAAGACUGCUAGGAUAAUGAAACUUUGGCUCUGGGGGUUGUUUUGUACUCUGAAUCGAAUGGCAUUUACAAAUUUUUGAUGUCUUUCCGAAUUUGCCAGGAAGUCCGAAACCGGGGAUGAGGGGGAAGGGGGGCUAUCCCCAUUGAACGCAGGGUAUGUCGGUAUAUUUAAUGAAUUUUCUGUCUUUCAAAUGAAGUAAAUUUUAGCUUAUGUCUUCUUAUCAGCUCAUCAGAUCUUUUGAAAAAAAUUUCAAAAAAAUAAAUUUUCCUCAAAAACUUUGAAUACAUUGCUGCGAAAGUUGUAUGAGUACAUCGGAAGUUUGGAGACACAAAAUUUACUUUUUUUUUUCUUGCCAGAUGAAGCAGAUGUCCUGGCGGAAAGCGAGUACACAGCCUUGUAUCAAAAAAACCACAACUCUUUUUUUUUGAAAAAAAUCUAUCAUUUUAUCGUCUUUUUUUCAGUCCAUCACGCACACUAUUGAAAUGCGUUUCAAUGGUGAGCACGUGAGCGGCAGUCCUUGGAAAGUUCCAGUCGAAGAACGGGGAGAACGACGUCAGGAUAUGGAGAGGUAAACAAGUAAAACGAUGAUAAAUAAUAUAAUAAGAUAAUUGAUAGUGUGAUCUCGUUGCCAGGCGACGAAUUAUUGUACUUCUCUCAUAUCGCAAAAAAGCUCUAAAAACAUUAUUGAACAAGCUUCAUUUUUUCCUGUUUUUCUUUCCUUCGAAAUUUUCGUUUCUAGGCGUUUUUUCUCAAUAAUCACUUCGAGAUUAGUUUUACAGCCUGAAAUCAAGCCAAAUGUGCUUUUUGAGAUUAUUUGAAUCGUUCUGCUCAAGCAGGUGAGACGUUUUUUUUUUCUGGGAAGUUUCGAAACAAUGGCCAAUGCACUAGAGCAAAAAUAAGUAUAAAAAGCUCAGCUACAAAAUCCGAGGAAGGACUCCUGAAAGUCCAAGAAAACUAUCAAAACUAUUCUACAUUGUUCUGAAGGCCGCUUUUGUUUGAAAUAGAAGAAAAGCUUCAAAAUCUCCAAUUUAGCCAUUUCUCGAAAAUCCCCAAAAAAUUAAAAUUACAUAGAUCAUGAAAAAAUCAUCUUAAUUAUUAUCAUAACAUCCAGAGCCAUGUCCUACUACUCCGAACUAUCUGGCCCCGGCCUUGUCCGCGCCCCAAUCAAUCGUACCGCUACCUUUGAUGUUACCGGCGAAGGACUUGAUCUCAGCGAUAUCCAAGCCAAAAUCUUCGGUUAUUUUUGAAAAUCGUCUGAAAAUUCAAUUUGAAAUAUUAAGGACCGGAUGGACGAGAAUUUCCGAUCCGCGUGGUGCCAAGAAGCAACGGACGCUUCACGGCAGAAUAUAGAAUUGAACAGGUAAAUCAAGAAAAACUGUGAGAAGAAAAUAAAAAAAUUAGUCUAACGGUCGGAGUAACUUUUUUUAAAAAAUAAUAAGGUCAUGUCCUGAUUCACUGACAAUUUCCUAGCGGAUCAUUGUCUCAAGAACCAAUUAGUGACCGUGAAGUGUAGAUUCCGGAGUUUUUUUCUUGUAAUUUAAGGUCGGCGAACAUCAGUUGACUGUUUGGAUCGCCGGAAGAAAAGUCGACGGUUCUCCUCUUUCAGUCGCUGGUUUGUUGAUUUUUCUUCUUUUUCUGUGGUUUUCUUUAUUUGAUUUUGAAAAUAUUAAGUUUUUCAAUUAAUAUUUUAAUGCUUUUUUUCCAUGUCUUCAGUUCUCCGAGCUUGACAAAAAAAUCACCACCUUAAAAAAAUUCUUUUUUUUUUGUUUCCAAAUACUUUUUUUCAAGCAUUUUUGCUCCGAUUUAGGACUACUGAAAAAACAUUUAUAAAAUUUUUUUAUGAAUCGCUACAAAGUAAUCUAAAGAAAUCUUAACUUACUUUCCCGUUUCAACUUUUUCUCAAAUUUCUAUGGUCACAACCUUCCUGUAGACUAAUUUGUUCCGACGUCUUCAGAUUAUAUCAUAAGUAUAUCCUGAGAAUGAUAUGAAAAAAUUGAAGUGACUUUGGUAAUCUCAGCUAUCACUGGUUUUAAGUAAAUUCUAAGAAUGAUUCAAAAAAAGUAUCCGUUUUCUAACAAUAAAUUGAGUGGUCACUUCACAUCAAAGUUCCUCCCAUUAAAAACCCCUGGAAUGCGUUUUUUUUUCAGGAUACGCAACAGAGAAAGUUCGGUUGGAACCGCUAGGAGGCGGAGCGCCGCAGCAACCUGUGCAGUUUAUUGGUGAGCUGGGGGCAGUUUACAGACCCGCCAAAGGCAUCAUUGCAUCGCGUUUCCUCCCACUUUUCGUCCACGUUCUCUGAUCUGAACCUGAACUCAUGAAAGUGCGGACAAAGCGAUAAAUAGGAUGAACGGGGGUGCAACUGCCGAACGCAGCAAACUUAGCUACUAUUCUCAGCUCUAUGUUAUUCCUGCAGUGGACGCCGUCGAUGCUGGAAAAGGCCAGCUUGAGAUCUCCGUCAAUCAAGGACGAGUUCCCAACAACGUUCAGAUGCAGGGUGCUGGGAGGUAAAUUUUUCAAGUCUCAGUUUGAAAAAUAGUGGAAAAAGGGAAAAGGAAUCAAUGAUUUUAAAAAUCAGAGAACCAGCCGGAUAAGGGAAUUUUACCAUAUUCUCAAUUUCGAGAUUCAGAUUUCCUCCCAAAACAUUCUGAGAUCUCCAAGAAUUUUUUUUUAAACGUGGUAGUCGAGAAAAACAGUAAAAUCACCUAAUUUUUUCACUUAUUCUUUUUCGUUCUCAAAUUUUUUUUUAAAUUUCUAAUCAAGAAAAAAAGUUUCACAAAUGAGGUAUUGAAAAAUUUCUAAAAAGUUAAUUUCCAUCAUCACAAUCAAAAAAGUAACUCGAGAAGACCUAAUUUCCCUAGCAACAAUGUUUUUCUGAACAAAAAGUUCAACUUGACAAGUGACAAGUGAAUUGCCACUUCAAUUAACUCCAUCGUUCCAAAAUUUAUUAUGUAGUAGCGAUUCUAACUGGUUUUUUAUAAACCAUCAAUGUUACAUUCCGAAAAAAAGAACUGGAUUGUCUGUAGGAAAUGUCACUGAUUCUAAGCGACAUUAUAAGGUUUUGCAGCUUUUUGAGGAUUAUUUGAAGAUUUAUAAGGGACGCUUGUAAUUUUUCAAGAAUGUUAUGAUGAUGAGUUAAGAAUGGAAUUAUUAUUCACGGUUUGAAGAUUUCUGACCUGGAAAAAUCUGAUUUGAAAAAUUCACGGUUUUUAAGUCAAUAUAAGAUCAUGUGAUCUUUGAACUUUUUUCAUUAUUAGUUCAAUUUUAAGUUUCUGGGUCAUGAUAUUUCUCAUCUUUUUACUAAAUUUGGAAAAUUUACAGAUGCUUGGUCACGUUCAUUCCGCAACAUCCAGGAACCUAUGUGAUUGAUGUCACUUUCAAUGGCGAACAGGUUCAUGGUGAGUGAAUUCAGAAUGGAAAAAAUCUUCAAUUAAUACUCUUUUCCCUUUCCAAUUUGUUGAAUUCUCAAUUUUUAUUCAGUUUUUUCAACAGUUCAAAAAACAGAAAUAGAAGGCGAAUUGAAAGUUAUUCUAGUUGAAAAGAAUAAAGGAACAGUUUGACACUUUUUUUCUCUCAUUUGAACUGUAAAGAACCACUCACUCGAAGUCGUUCAACCCCGCGAAAAGUGUCAUUUUUUUCGCUGCCUUUUGCAACAUUUUGCCGCCGACAAAAAUGCGGUUUUGCCUCCGGGGCUUUUUUAUGUGAUAGUGGCUGGGCAGAUGGAAAGUGAAACGGCCGGGUUCGUACAAUUGAGUGAGCGUCUGCAUUCGUCUGUUGUGAAACUCCAAAAAGGGAGAAAAGAGAGAGAAAAAUGUGGCAUUUAUAUUCUUGUGUCGUCAAUAGUUAUUGAUUGAUAUUUUUUCGUAUGAGAGAAGACUACACGCCGUAACUUGUUAUGCCAAGCAGAUUACGAACGGAUCAUAGCAACGCUCGCCAAAAAGUUUCGCGGCGUUUAGCGCUUGCACCGAGUUUGAUGACAACAAUUGAUACGAAUGGAUUUUUUGGUCAUGGAAGAAUUCCUGAUUUUUUUUUAGAGAAAUAGAAAUUAGUUCAAUCAUUGCUUGCUGGAGAUGAAGGCCCAGGCGAAACAGUAGCGGGAAAAAAGCUCAGAUAUAUUUGUGGCUUUUUCCAAAGUUAUAGGUGAAUGGAUUAAUAAAGUAGAUAUUUAGAAAUUAUUCCGGUAUUUGAUCAUAACUUGUUGUGAAGUCCAAUCACCACAGAUCAAAAUAUUCUAGUGGAUUUUUUUUUCGGUCUUUAGGUCAUGAGAUUCAAACUUUGAGAGCUUUCAAUCUGAAAAAAAUGUAUUCAACAUCUUUAAAGUUAGAUAUUUAUGAUAAUGAUCUAUGACCGAUUCACAGUGAUCGCAAUUCUUUCCAGGAUGCCCGAUCAAAGUCGAAAUUCUGCCGAAGCAGGUCGGUCAGCAAGUCCAUGCCAACCUCACGCCAACUGCUGUGUCCACCGCAGUUUCUGCAGGUUUUUCUUCAACUUUUUCUUCAUAUUGCAUGGAAAAUAGUAAUUUUGGUGUUCUGUUGAAGAGUUCUGAAAUUUGACCUCUGCAGUUCAAUGAGCAUUGAGUUACAUAAACAAAAAAGGCUGUGAAAGUGGAACUUUUUGCGGAAAAAGUAGAAAAAGUUCAGAGUCGGAUUAGGGAUAAAGUUGGGAAUGGGAUUGUCUACAGAUUAUUUUUUUUUGUUUUACUUUUUUAUCCCUUGGGUUAGUACAGUUGUAGAUCACUCAUGAUACAUUUGGCACAGUGUAGGGAAUUAUUUGUAUGAAGCUUGUAGAAGAAAGUGAGUCAAUUUUUGGAUUUGGUCAAAAUUUAUUUUCUGAACAAUAAAAAUCAAGACUUAGAUCUUCUUGUGACAAUAUUAUAUGAGAAGCUACCUUUCAAAAAAAUUAACCCAUGGUUUCUCAAUUUACUGUUUCUUAUAACCUUCAGAUCCCUUCAAGCCAAAUAUAAGCCUUUUGGCAGUUUUUAUUUGGUUUGUCAAAUUUUAAAAAUCUAAAAUAAUCUUGAAAUUGAACCAUUUUUCAAGGUUUUUCGAGGCUGCAAAAGCUUUUCAAAAUUAGCCGUAAUCUUGAUUCUUCAGGAGGCGCUUCAAUCGCCGGAGCCUUCCGUUCAUCGCGAUCUCCAGCUUCGUCGACGUCUCCAACCUCGCCGACGCUUCUGCAGCACGCCCGCCAACGAAGCGAAGAGACGACGUUGCGGAGUCCGACGCUGCUGCGUGAGUCACGCAAGACUGAAAAGCCAUGGCAGACGGUACGUUUUGAACAACACAAUGCCUCUUCUUUUUCUAUUAUUGUUCUUAUUGUCCUUCUUUCCCUCCUGACGGUUCCUCAAAGUUUUAUUAAAUUUGCUCCCGCCUGAAAAUUGAUCGAAAAUCAUUCCUGAGAACUGAAUGAGCUACUACUUUUAUUCAAGAACCGUUAAACGAUAUUGGAGAAAGGUUGUUUUUCAAAAAGAUCCUUUCCUUCAGAUCUCAAGGUUUUUUUGAAAAGAUCUUUAUGAUCUUCAGAUGAUAAAAAAUAUAGUCAUUCAGCUAUUUUACGGGAAAAAUCCAAAAUUUCGAGAAAAAUGACCUCAAUUAUCCAGUUUAAAGAUCAAGACAAAUGUUUUGAUGCGAUUUUCUGCCUUUCAGUCCUACGCUCCAACGCCCAACCGUAAUGCGUUUUCCCAAUCGCCGCAUCGUGACUGGAGCGCUUCUAGCGUCUACGAUCGCGUUUAUGGAAGCAGCAACGAGGUUGACAGGUCCAUGCCUAACGAAACUUCGAGGUGAGAACCUUUUUUGUUUGAUCAGAAUCCUUGUCAAAAUUUUUUUUCAAUCAUUUUUCUUUUGAAAACGCUUCCAAAAAUCUUGAGCCUUUGAAUUGACUAUCCCACAUAUCUCUUCAGAAGCCACAACAUUCGUGAAAUCACCACCGUGAUCAGAAGAACACCAUCUCCUUCCGGAAUUCGGUAAAGUUUCCAAGAAUUUGAGCGAUUAUCAAGUUUUUUUAGCUCAAGACAAAUCACGGAAACCAUCACCAGAACUGCUCAUCGAUCGCCAUCACCUCCUCAUGGAAGCGUUCGGUAAUUAUAUUUUAAUUUAUGCUGUCUUGAAAAAAAAAGUUGCUGAUUUUGCUUCUUAUUGAGAAGAUGUUUAUCUGAAUUGUUUUGAAAAAAGUUUUUGCUUUUUUUUAGUACUUUCACUUGUAUUAUAUGUAAUUAAACUUGGAAAUAAUCAAGCUUACCUUUCCAGAACCCAAGAAUUCGCUGACAGACUUGGUCGCUCCCCAUCUCCUACCCGCCGAGAACGCGACUAUUUAGACAGGACAGCCAAUUACAGGUUGAAAAUUACCUUCCAUUCCUCUUUUCCAACAGUUCUCCUUAAAGGUCACCUUCUCCUCCACGUUCCUCUAGUGCGGCUCGAUCUCACAUCAGUGAGACUCCAAACUCGCCCUUCCGCGGAUCCGACUCUCCUUACGAUGGAGAAAGGAUCAGAAAAGUGGAGAGAAUGGACCCGUUGGCGGAUGAAGAAAACAGAGAGCGUCAACGGGAGGAGCAACGCGAAAAUGAUCGCAACGCUUUGGGGUCGGAUUUUUGGUCUUAUUCAAGGAGAUUCCUUUGUUUUUAUGUUAUCUCAAAACUUAUAGGUCCUUUUGGAUCUGAGUUCUUCAAAAAAAAAGUCGAAGUGCUCUUUGAUAUACUAGCAAAUGAUUUCCAAGCUUUCACCUUUGCCAUCUUCCAAGUUCAGAAAGAAGAGCUUUUAGAAGCGAUUUUGAACAUCGAGGGGCUUGAUAAAAUGCCUGCGAAAGGCUUUUCACUGUUUCUCUUCAGAAGUUUGAAUAAACUCUCAUUUAAAUUUUGUAGAUACACCGUGGCCCAAUACGGACAAUCUGGAUACGUUGAGAGAGCGACUCCUGAAAGACGCUAUUUCGGAGAUACCUUGGAAAAACGCGAGCGUUCUCCCACCGCACUGGUGAGACUCUGAAGUUUUUUUAUAACUUGAAAAAAAAUUUUUCAGCAUCGCUCCGUCUCGCCGGAAUAUUCAACGGUCUACGAGAAGUACGAGCGAAAAAGAGCCUGAAGUCCCACGUCGCGCCAGUCCUGAAAGGUAUGAGAUGGGAAAAACCCUUGAAUUGGAAAUUUGUUGAAAUUUUAAAUACAAAAAAAUCAAUUUGAAAAUCCAUGAUUCAGCAGAGAUUUUCUUCAUCUUACUCUGAAGACUGAAGAAAUUGUAAAUUGUAAUUGACCCCAGCUUUUUCAGACCUCCAAAAGUCGAAGGAAACAUCGCUGCUUCAUACAAAUCUUUCGAGCCAGUCUACACUGAAGUAACUACCACCAGAACCACGACAACUACUGGACCAACCCCGCCGGUGGAAUAUGAAAACGUGGACAGGUUGGAAUAAUCGAAUUAGCUUGUUGUUUCAACAAUUUGAAUGUUUUCAGAAGGCCAGAGAGGCCAAGACGCGUUCCAACGCCAGAAGGCCACAUGGAAGACGUCAAGGAUGAAGAGCCACGUCAUGGCCAAUCGGCUCAUCAUGUCUCUAUCUCGAAACCGAAGAGAGAUGACUCGCCUGCAUUCACGAGGACACAGUCUGAGGUAUAAAAUGCACUUUUUUUUCAACAAGCUAGUUUUUUUCAGCAACUUCUGGACAAGGAAAAGGAGUCAGCUUCUGAAGUCAACCACCUGCACAGAUCUGAAGAGCGAGAAGCUAUUUAUGACAUCCCACCUACUGAAGCUUUGCACAGGUACAAAUACAAAAAGUUUGAAAAUUUUUAGAACUUUUUUGAACGAUAUUGUUGGGGAAAAGUUAUUGAAAAUUUGAAAAAGAUUUGCAAAAGAAGUGAGUUUUACAGAAGCGCAGAGAUCGCUCCUCAACCUCUGACCAACGAAGAGAAGCGAAAUGCCGAAUAUUUGAGAGUGAAGGAAGAAGAUGAGAGAAUUUUCACGAAGCAUGGACUCCGCGGAAAGAAACAAGAGUGAGAGUUUAACAUGGAUUUUUCCAUCAAUUUUGACUCCUUCCAGACCUUCCAUCGACAUUCAAGAGCCACUGACUGAGCCGAUUCGUGACGACGUCGUGGAGACUGUUCAUGAAGGACCGGAAGAAGUAUUUUUAUUUUCCUUAGCUCUUAUCGUUAUCAUCAUUUUUCAGACCCUCAGGCCAAUUGGCGAAUUGCCUCAUUCUCCAGCUCCAUCGGCUCCAACCACACCCGCAGUUACUCCAAAAGUCUCCAUGAAGUUCAAGAAAGACGGAAAAGAGACCAAGCCAUUUGACUUCGGCAAGAGCAAGUUCAGCACAAAGCAUGAAGUUGUCAAGUUUGGAAAGGAAGUUGAGGUCAGAGUUCAGAAAGAUUCGUAGACAAUGAAAGAUGAACUUUCAGGUCAAGCUAGACAGCUUGAAACUUGGAAAAGAGGACCUUCUUCGAGUUGUCGUAGUCCGUGAGUUGAAAGAAGAGAGUAUUUUGAAGAAAAUUCGUUUCAAGUUAACAAACCGCAAAGCGCUGUCACUGGAGUUCCGCCACCUGAAAUUGAGGCGAAGGUGAAGAAGAGCGGCAGCAAGUACGAGAUUGUAUUCAAACCGGCUGAAGUCGGCACCUACAAGGUGAUUUUUCAACUUUUAUUUUUUAUUCUCAGAGGGUUGAAACCGUAACUGAGAAACGGCAAAAUGAGAUCAUUCGCUUGUUCUUAGCUUCAGAGCGAAACCACAGAGUUUAGACUAAUAUCUGGCAAACAUGGCGUUGUUUAGGUGUUUGCCUACGUGAAUGAGGUCCAGCAUCCGUUGUCGCCUUUUGUCGUGCGUGUCUAUGACUCCUCAGAAAUCGUCGUCGGCGAAAUUCCCACGCGGUCUCAUCUCAACGAUACUGUCGAGUUCACCGGUAUGUUUUUUGUGGUUUUGAAAAUUUGUUUGUAUUCCAGAUUGAAUAUUGUCCUAUUCUGAUAUAAAUUUAACUACAUUAUCCAAAAUUAUAUUCUUCAAAACGACGGAAGCGUAACUCGAGAGUGUUCGAAUAAAUUCGUCAAUUGAUUUUUUUUUCCAACUUAUUUCUGUUCAUUUUUUUCUUUUUUUUUCAAGUGAUACUCAUGAUGAAAUAAACUAUUUUGUGGCUGACAUGUCAAAAAUUUACUCAAAACUAGAGUUCUUUUUAUGGGAUUUUUAUACAAUUUUUUUCAAGCUGUCAAAGUUUUCGGGUCAAAAAAACAACCAAAACCAAUUCAUGAAAAUUUUGAGUUCCAUUGCUCUAGAGUUUAUUCAUGCAAAUAUGAUAUUUGCGCCGUCCUUAUAAGAUUAAGAACGCGCGCGUAAAAUCCUCUACGGAAAAACCGGUUUCAGUGGACGCUGGUCGCGCCGGAUUUGGUAACCUGGAAAUGGCAAUCAAAGACGCCGGCGGCGUGAUUAUUCCAUCGCAUGUGGCCCAGUUGGAGAGUGGCUCGGCCAAGUUCCUCGUCACUUUCUCGCCAAUCACCAAAGGAACCCAUACAGUCAAUAUCACCUUCAACAAGGAAGUCCUCAAAAGUUAGUUUGGUCCAUUUCAAAUUUUUUUCAAAGUGGCUUCACUUAGACUUUAGAAUAGUUGAACUUGACAUGCUCAGCUUCAAAAUUAUAAUUUUAAAGAGGUCUUGUUAACUUUUCAACGUUCAUUUUCAAAAUCGCCUAAAAAUGGUCUCAAUGUUCUUAUUUCAUUCACAAUUUCUGCUAAGAGUUCAAAGUGUGAAAUGGUGAGAAAAUUUCCGGAAUCAGACCUUUUUUUUUUAGAAUUUUCGUACAAAAAUCAUGAAGCUGAUUCUUCAGACUCACCAUUCGAGGUGAACAUUGUUGAUCCGCCUACGCCACCAGUCGCCGUCGAAGGGCUGGCUUCACCAAGUUUGAGCAAGAAGGACUUGAAAAAGGAAGAAAAGGAGAAAAAGAAAGGAGAGAAAGAACGAGCCAGAAGAGAAAAAGAAGAAAGAGCUGCUACUUUGAAGCGGGAGAAAAAGGUAUUUUUCGAGGUUUUCUUUUAAUAAUUGUCAAAUUUCACAGAGCAAGCACAAGUUCGUCUCCAAGACGGCCGUUUCUAAGAUCCCGUCACUUUCUCGGGUCGGCCAGCCUUCCUCACUCGUUGUUGAAGUGGCUGGACAUGAUCAACUUGAAAUCGUCGUCACUGGUAACCUGAAGAAUCCUUUUCAGAUCAUCUCCCAAUUAUUCAGAAUUAUUUCAGGAAAUGUGAGAGUGUGAGAGAAAUUUAUUUUCUAAAAAACCCUCUGUACCCCUUGCAUGCUUAAAUCUUACCCGAUUCACCUGCCAUCCUGAACAUUUCAGACAGCAAGAAGAAUCAAAUUGGCACAGAAAUCGUCGAGAUUGAGCCAGGAUCAAUGCAGAUCAAUUUCACACCUCAGAACGUUGGUAAGUGAGAUUUUUGAUUUGGAAGCUCCUGAAAUUUCAUCAUUUAACAUGCUUCCUUUUCAAAUCUAUGAGAAUAUUUUGGCUUUCAAAAAAAUCAUGCUCGAAGCAAAAACCCUCCAGAAAGCGGUCAAUAUACUAUACCAGUUUUUUUCCUUAUCAAACUUCCGAUCUCAGCCGCCUACCGCAUACUACAUCAAAUAGGCAGAAACAAGUUUUCAAAGCGCUUUCUCAACUUACUAAGCUAUCCAAGACUUUCCACACUUCCAUCUGAAAAUUGUAUUAUUUUCAGGAGACCACGAGAUCGAGGUCAAAUACGGCGGCGCUCCAGUAACUGGAUCUCCUUUCACGUGCCGAGCUUACGAUCCCGCCAAGAUCAAGGUCGGAGCGAUUCCCAAAGGACUUCUCGACAAGCCUGUCUACUUCACAGGUUUUUUAUUAUUUCCAAAAAAUAAAUGAUUAUUUUUUUUUAGUGGACGCCUCGGAAGCCGGUGUUGGAAAUUUGGAAGUUGCCGUCUGUGAAGGAAGAGUUCCAUCGAUGGCUCACGCUCUUGGACAACACAAGUACGACAUCAGCUUCGUGCCAAAGGAGAACGUGGACCACACGAUCACGGUUCGGUUCAACAAUGAGCCUGUUCCUGGUGGGUGGAAGAAACCUUUUAUAGAAUUGAGACGGGUCUACAUUGCCUAGAGGCUCAUGGACGCUUGUUUCUUGAAUUCUGCAUGAAAAUUUAAGAUUUUUCAGAAUAAUGGUUUUGGACACUGUUCUGACUAUCGAUAAUAUAAUCAUACUUGAGAGCGAUGAAACAUAACGACCCUUAACGCACUUUUCUGUUUCAGGCUCUCCAUUCAUAUGUCACCUUGUCGCAUCCGCUCAAGCCACCGCUUCAGGACUUGGCUUGGAACGAAUUCCAGUUGAUGAAGAAACUGAGAUCAAGAUCCAAACUGACGGUGUUUUUUUUUAUUUUUGUCUCAUAACUUUCUAUUUUCAGACAAUGACUCCCGACCCGAAGUUCGAGUUCGCGACCCACAAUCCAACGACUUGCCGGUGAACGUAACCCGCAGCAAGUCGGAUGAAACUCUACACAUCGCCACCUACACUCCGAAAUGUGUUGGAAACCAUCAGAUCGACAUUUCUCUGGGCGGUGAACCAAUCGCUGGCUCACCUUUCACGGCAAAGGCCUACGAUGCCAGAAAAGCCAUUUUGACGCCUCCAGAAACGGCGGUCGCUGGAAAACCAGCCACAUUUAUUAUUGGUAAGAUCCUGAGGACAUUUAGAUUGAACGUUGAAAGUUCAGAUGCCGCCCGAGCUGGAGCUGGGAACAUGGAGAUCAUCGUCUCUGUGGACAACCGAAAUGUUCCGAACUUCGUGCAAGCUGAAGGCCAAGCAAGAUUCAAGGUAAUCGAACAUUUUUUAGAAAUUUCUUAUAUUUUUUAAGGUCUCCUUCACACCUCAAGAACCCAAGGAACAUAUUAUCAGUGUCCGAUUCAAUGGAAUCAGUGUCCCAGGUGAUUUGGACUCAUUUGUUCAUUUUUUUAAUUUUUCGCAUCACGAGCUUCUCUAGAAAUGCAUGUUCUGCCAAUUUUUUAAAACCUGAAAGCUCAAAAAAAUUGAAAAGUUUAGGCUCUCCUCUGAAAUGUCCAGUUUCUCCGGCAGUAGCCGCUGCUCCAGCUCAUCAACAUGUAGCUGCUCCUCUUGGAGCCGCCGCAGUGACCGCGGCCGCGACAGUCCUGCAGAAGUCUCCUGAAAUUCCGGAGCCAGUUGCGAAAACCGGCCUUGCUCGAGAAGUUCAGAGCGCUCAGGUAAAAGAUUUUUUCGCUUUUUAAAGUGAAAGUUUUUGAAUAGGUCGGCCAGAAGAGAGGCUUCACCAUCGACAACAUCAACAGGUCGACGGAUUGCAAUGUGGUCAUCACAGGUAUUUAUUAGGAAGAUUGAAGCCGAUUCAUUUGAUUUGAAACGUUGAGGGUCAAGUAAAAAACGCAUUUUUUAAAUCCUUUUUUUGACGAGUUUGUGCCUUUUUGUCAGAGGGUUGAAAACCACAAAAAAUAUUUUUUUCGAACCUGGAUAAUGACGCAAGGCGGAAGUCACUAAUAGUCGGGCGCAGUGGAAGAGAGAAAGAUGACUUUUUAUCGAUUAUUUUGCUUUAAUUCGCGAAAAAUUGAAGGAAAGAAUGGCACAGAGUGAAAAGUCACCCCAAAAAUGAAGCCGACAAUGCAACGGCUUGCGCUAACAAUAGAUAUAAACAAUCUAUUUGUAACUGAGACAUUCUCACCGUUUCAAGUCAUAAUGAAUCGACAUCAUCAAAAAGGAUUUUUGAAUGCUAUUUCAUACAGAGUGGGGUCGAAAUCUGGGGUUAUUCGGCUAUUUUCGAAUUUUUAUGUUGCUUUGUGGUGUCCAAUUUUCUUGAUGGUAUUCAUGUGCUUUUUUGUCUUGUCUGGCUUGGGGUGUGCUUGUGGGGAAUGUGUUGUUUUGUGUCAAGCGCCGGACGGAGGUCAACUUCCCGUAAACAUCGACAAAUCUUCGAGUUCUGUCUACACAGAGUUCACUCCAACUGUCAAAGGUUCAACUUACCAAAAAAUUAUGAUAAUCAAAAAGAAGCCCAGGAGAACACACUGUGAGAGUUUUCAUGGAUGGCGAGAAGUUUGACGAAUUUGUGGUGAAGGUUAAGGAAGAAAGAGCUUCUCUCCCACCGGUUUCGCUCGUCGGAUUGAAAUAUUCUUUUGAUGGUGAGUUUGAACAUUUUAUAGUUUAUUCACUGUUGCGUAUGAAAAAAAGACCAAAAAUGUUCCCAAAUUUCUAACUUACCCGACUAAAAAAAUGUAAGAAAAUUGCAAUAGAUUCUAGACCUAUUUUUUGGAACUACAUGGCAGAUUUACCUAUAUUUUUUCGAAAAAUUCAAAAAUCCUUGGAAUUUCAGUUGACGCCGACGACAAAAACGAAGUUCGCGUUGUGGUCCGAGAUCCAAGUGGCCGCCAACUUCCCGUCCUAAUGGAAGAUCUGCCUGAUGGCGGAGUCAGGGUGACCUGCCGUUUCAAGGAAAUCGGCCCUCAUUCUAUUGACACUUUCGUCGAUGAACGGCCUUUCGGAGAGCGGCGCUUCCAAACCGUCAUCGAUCCCAUGAACGGAGCUCAAUUGGUUCGUAGUUGUGGGAAGGAAGUUUGUUUGGUCAAGCUCUAAUUUCAGGUCUCAGAACCGAAAAGGGAGAUCGUCGGUCAAACCGUGGAGCAUAAGAUCCUGAUCGAUUCCGGGAUCGAAUCUCAAGUUGCUGUCGAAAUCGAAGGACCUGAUCGAGAGGUCGUUGAUGUACAGCUGAAGAAGAUUUCCGAGACUUUGUACGCGGCUGUUUGGACUCCUCGGGUUGGUUUCAGACAUCAUUCAGUCGACUCAUAGUCAGCUUGCGUGAAAAUAUACCUGAAAAAAUAUUUAUUUUUUCUGAAGGUUCAUUCAAAAAAUGUUGCUUUGAAACUUGUCUUCCAAGUACUUUGAAACUUGUCUUCCAAGUAAGUCAAAUGUUCUUCAGGUGGAAGGUGAGCAUAACUUGACGAUAAUGGUGGCUGGGAUGAAAAUACCCGGCUCGCCCUUCCCAAUCCACGUUUUGGAUCCCUCAGCUGUCCGAGUGAUUGGCCUGCGGAAUGAUAGGAUAGGGGCGGAACAACAAUUUAACGGUAACUUUUUUCUGAAAUCACCUCCAAAAACACCUUAUUUCAGUUGAUUACUCGAACAGUGGAGCUGCAAGCGCUUCCGUUGAAGUUUCAGCGGGAGGUCGACCCAUUCCUGUUACUGUCAAAAAGGUUUAUCUCUUUUUAAAAAUCCACUAUUUCAUUAAAAAAAAUUCCAGGUAAAACCAGGUCUGUUGGUUUGCACAUUCACUCCCCAUACAAGUGGAAAUCAUCAAGUUGACGUGACCAUCGACGGGCAAGUUCUCCCAGGUGAAUUAUUCCAUAAAAAAAGUAAUUAAUAAUGAUUUAACUGUUUCAGAGUGCCCUUAUGAAUGCUACAUCAGCCACAUUGGAAGCGUACGAGCGUCGGGAGAUGCUCUGAAAAGAGCUCAACGAGCUCGAACAGCUCGGUUUGAGAUUAUGAACUGUGAGCAAAACCGUGGCGAGCUCGAUGUCAUGGUCUCAGGUCUGAGUCGGUCAAUAGAAGUUUAAAUUAGGAAAUGGUCUCAGCUCAUAGUAGGACUUCAAAUCAGACUUGAUUUACCAGACAAAUGUCAAACUUUUAUCAUGGAAAUCUCCAAGAAAAUGUUUGAAUUUUAAAUUUUGGAAAAACCUUUGAAGGUUAGGUUCAAUCAAAAAAGUUGGUUAAACUUCAAAAACUUUAAUUUUUCACUGAUCCGAAAACAGUGUUGAGAAUCGUAUCUUUCAAAAAAAAAGGUUCCUCUUUGAGUUGAGACCUAUUCAGAUUAGUUAAAAAGUAGCAGAUAAUUUUCCCAAUUAACAUGUUCCACAGUUUAGUUCAUUACAUACAAAAAAGUCUAUGCCUCUUCUUCCUAUAGCUAACUUUUUCCAAACAAAGAAUAAUAACAUUUUCAGGUGAUAAAAUUGAUUUUCAGGUGCUGCCGGAUAUUUUGCAUGUCCUUUCGUUUGUUUUGUGUUGUUUUAUAUGUUGUGCAUGUGUAGUGGAGAAAACCCCUCUUCCUUUGCCUUUACGAUUUUUGUCGGGGGCUCCUUUGGAACUUUUCGUUUUUUAAGAUCCCAAAGGAGGACCUCUGCCAGUUCGAUGCUACAAACAACAGGACGACAGCUAUUGGGUCGAAUUUACACCUGAGCAUCUUGGUAUAGAAAGAAAGAUUAUCUGAAAAAUAACCAAAUGUAUUCAUUAGGCACUCACACCAUUGAAGUCACCUUCGGAGAUGUGCCAGUCCCUGGAUCGCCCUUCAGAUGUGAAGUCAUUGACCCAAAACGAGUUGAAGUGAAAGGCCUGAACGACACCGUCCUUCUCAGACAUGCCACCACGAUCAAUGGUAAAGAAAUCCUUCUAGUUAUUCAAAAAAUUAUGACUUUUCAGUUGACCGCCGUGAAGCUGGCCUUGGAGAGCUUCAAGUUGAAGUUGUGGAUCCAACCGGAAAUCCACUUCGAGUUGAAGCUUUGAAGUCUCCAGGAGGAGAAGAUCGCAUCACAUUCCUACCUAACACCACCGGACCUCACAAGGUUAACGUAAAGAUGGGCGGCUUCCAAAUCCCUGGUGAGUUUUGACAUUGUAAUUUAGGAGAUUUCUAACGCAUUCAAAUGAUAUAGUUUCCGCUGAAGAAGGCUGAAAUAAACGGAUUUUUGGCAAUGAUGCAUUCUCAAUGGUGAAGUCGAAAAAUUCGUUUUCAUUCUUCAGGUUAUCCUCAAACGGUCAUGGUCAGCGAGAUGGAAAAGCCUGGAGUCUAUGGCGCAGCAAUCGACCAAUCCAUCAAGAUCAACGAGCCAGCUUCCUUCAUAUUCGACCCGAAAAAAGCCAAUGGAGGACUCAAAAUCAAUGUGAUCGGCCCUGAUCAGACCAAGGUAAUGAUAAAUGCUCAGUUAAAAUUAAUUAUCAUAAAACUCAGAGUCAAAAUCUUCUCUUAUAGAGCUUCCUGAGAAAAAAGUUAAUUUUUCAGAUCCGACACAACGUUAUGCGACGUGCCAAUGGAACAUCUGAAGUUGUGUUCUACCCAGAAGACGUUGGUUCCUACAAUGUUUCAAUCGAUUUCAACAACAAACCGGUGACCGGUACGUUUUUCUUUGGAGAAAACUUUUAAGUUCAUCAAAAUUUUUAGGUAGUCCAUUCACAGUCAAGGUAGUUGAUCCGUCCAAGGUUAUCGUCAACGACCUUGAUAUGGACCGCGACGGAUCUUUGCUGCUCCGCCUGGGGCACUCAAACUCGUUCGAUGUCGACGCCACGGCUGCCGGACCCGGUGAGGACUUUUUUGAGUACUGAAAAGGGUAAUAUGACAGAAAUAACAACGGCUUUCUAUUACAGAGUUUAAAGUAACAAUCUUUUGACGCGAGAAAAAACUUUUUAGGCAAACUUCGAGCGGAAGUUCGAGAUGCUGACAGUGCGUUGGUCGGCGAAGGUCCGGCUGUGGACGACCUCGGACAAGGCAAACACCGGGUCCGGUUCAGCCCCACGCAACCUGGAAGGUAAAGAAAACAGUUCGUUCAAUAUUGGCUAAAAAAAGUUUAUGAUUUUUCUCGCAAGGUUAUAAAAAGUGUGAAAAAUGAUAGUUAAAGUUAGUCUGAUGAAAGUCUGACUAGUGCCUUAAGCUAUGAUAUUUAGAUACUCGAUCUACCUGUACUGGAACGAACUACCUGUAGAAAGCGCCUUCCCUGUCAGAGCACGAUCCUCCGCCGAAGAUCUACCGACCACCUCCCGCGAAGUUCAUGAAACUUCAGUUCCUCUAGCCACGCACAUCCGGUAAGUAUGAACCUUCUGAAAAAUUCGCAAAUCUCCAUUUUGAAGCGAGAAAUCAUCGACAUCAGCGCCGGAAGAUGAUUUGAACCGAGUGAUGGUGCGAGGCGAUGGACUUCACCGAGCUGCCUUGAAACAACACAACGAGUUCAUCAUCGACGGAAGCGACAUUUCUAGAGGUUUGAAGGGACAUGACGUCACCAAAAAUUUGGAUGGUUGAUAAACGGAUAAUGAGUGGAAACAGUAAGACCCGGUCGUAAAAAAGUGAACUUUGAGGUCUAAAGCAGCUUGAAAUUUUUUUUUUCAAGAAGAGUUGAAAUUUCAAAAUACUUUUAAUUUCAUUAGAAAUCAUAAAGUCAUUAUUAAAAGUCAUUAAGUCAUUAUUAACUCUUUCAGAAGGACGGAUCACAGCCACGCUGCUUGGCACGAAAGCGGACAUUCCAGUCAGAAUACAGCAACUGGGACACAACGUCUUCAAGGCGACCUACACGCCACUCACAGGCGGAACCUACGAACUUCACGUCUUGUGGAAUGGCAAGCACGUCAAAGGGUCGCCCUUCAGAGUAUUUCUUAUCUAGACGAUUGAAUUUCAACAUUUUGAUAACGUUCAGGUCACCGCUGACACUUCUGCCCAUCCAGCCGAUCUGAUUGGCGUCGACUCAACUUCCCUCAAGAUUGGAAUCAUCAACGAGAACAUCAAGACUGUCAUCGAUACCCGUCGAGCUGGACCAGGUUUAGUAGCAUUUUAUGGAAAAUUUGAACUUCUAGGUUUGAUUUCUCUGGAAUUUUUCAGAAAGAGAAAAAUUCAAUUUCAAUUGAAUGUGUAUUGAAUUCUUAGGACAACUUUCGGCUCAUUGCAUGGGGCCAGUGAAACCGGCCUACUGUGAACUUUACGAUCAUCGAGAUGGAACCUACACGUUGUGCGUCAGACCGGCUGAGGUAAAAUCUCCAAGCCUUCCAAAUUCAUUAAGCUUUUUCAGGUCGGAAAGCACACCUUGGUCAUCAAAUACAACGACGAGCACGUUCACGGAAGCCCAUUCCUCGUCCAUGUCUCCUUGCCUCCCGAUCCGUCCAAAGUUAGAGUCUACGGUCCUGGAGUUGAACAUGGAAUCUUGUCCCUGUAAGUAUCCUUAUUUAGUGAAAGUUUGAACUUCUGAUUCCAGCUUCAAAUCCAACUUUGUCGUCGAAACAAGAGGCGCUGGAGCUGGUCAACUGACUGUGCGAGUUCGUGGACCCAAGGUUUUUUUUUGGUUAAGUUAGAAUUAUCAUUUUUAUAUUUUUCCAGGGAGCUUUCAACGUGGAGAUGCAGAGAGAAAAGAAAAAUGAGAGGACCAUUCACUGCAAAUACGAACCCAAGGAGCCCGGAGAUUAUCAGGCAAGUUUGAAAAUGAAAAAUCUGUGUUUCUUGGAGAUAAUUUGAAGCGUAUCAAGUUCAAAGAUCCAUCUUGAAAUUCGUUUCUUCAAUUUCAGGUCGAGGUAAAAUGGCACGGAGAGCACGUUCCUGGAAGUCCUUUCCUGGUGAUGAUCGUCGACACCGAGCAGGAACUCAGCCGAUUCCUCCGUGGCGAGGCGCCGUCACCAACGCCAGCCACUCCAUUUAUUCCGCCAGGAUGGGUCGGACCUCCUCCAAUGUUCCACCAUCUUCCUCCAGGCCAAAGACCUCACGGACCGCCAAUGGGUCCCGCUUAUGGAGCUCCUCUAGUUCCUUAUGGAGCUCCUCCACCUCCCAAGCAUAAGUCCCGACAUCACUGA